AUGCCGUACAAUAUCGCCAUGGUAUCGGAUUUCUUCUAUCCUCAGCCCGGCGGCGUUGAGAGCCACAUCUAUCAGCUCUCCAGCAAGCUGAUCGAUCGAGGCCACAAAGUCAUUGUAAUCACACAUGCUUAUGGCGCACCAUACCCCAGCCGCUCUGGUAUCAGAUACUUGACCAAUCGAUUGAAGGUCUAUCAUUUACCACACUGGGUUGUCUUCCGUCAAACCACAUUCCCGACAGUCUUCUCGUCGUUUCCGCUCUUGCGUCAAAUCUUCAUUCGAGAGCAGAUUCAGAUCGUCCAUGGACAUGGUUCACUGAGCAAUCUAUGCCACGAAGGAAUGCUCCAUGCGAGAACCAUGAGUCUGCACACGGUUUUCACGGAUCACAGUUUGUUCGGCUUCAGUGAUGCUGCCAGUAUCAUGGCCAACAAGCUUCUCAAAUUCAGCCUGAGCGAUGUUGGUCAUUCAAUCUGUGUCAGUCACACAUGCAAGGAGAACACGACCCUCAGAGCUUCACUCAACCCGCUCGCUGUGUCAGUCAUCCCGAAUGCCGUGGUCCCCCGCGACUUCAAGCCCUACUCGCCAGAUGAGGAAAAUCUGCAUAGCGACAAAAAUGCCAUCCUACCACCUCCUCCAGAUCCGAGGAAGCCUGUUGGUCCCGAUGACCCGAUCACGAUUGUCGUAAUAUCUAGACUAUUUUACAACAAAGGCACAGACUUGCUCAUCUCCGCGCUGCCGCUACUGCUGCGACAGCACCAAAAUCUACGCUUCAUCAUCGCCGGAAGUGGUCCGAAAGCCAUCGAUUUGGAACAAACCUUGGACUCUCUUCCUCAGCAAUUAGUGUAUACGCCAUCCGGUGAAAGCAGGGUAAUAUUGCUAGGUAGCAUUCGACAUGAGGAAGUCCGAGAUGUGAUGAUACGAGGUCAUCUGCUGCUCUCAACAUCGCUCACUGAAGCUUUCGGCACCGUCCUUGUCGAAGCGGCUAGCUGCGGUCUCAUGGUGGUCGCCACGAGGGUUGGAGGUGUACCAGAAGUCUUACCGGGCAACAUGACCGUCUUAGUUCUCCCAGAAGUGGAAGACGUUGUGCGAGGCGUCACUGAAGCUGUUGGAAUCCUGACAAAUCGAACCGUCCGCCGAGACAAGUUUCAUGAUCUCGUAAAGCAGAUGUACUCUUGGUCAGACGUUGCUCGACGGACAGAACGUGUCUACGACAUCGUUACCGGCACGCCUUCUGCACCUGAUAACUCGCAGUAUGAGGACGUAGACAUGCAUUAUGGUCAGCCGCCGCAGGGCUCGUCAGCUUUGAUGGACAGACUGAAGCGGUAUUAUGGUUGCGGUGUAUGGGCAGGAAAACUCUUCGUGAUUGUCGUAGUAGUGGACUACUUGAUCUAUUGCCUCUUGGAGAUUAUGUAUCCAAGAGACGGCAUUGAUCUUUGCAAGCUAUGGCCAGCACGCAAGGUCAAGGUCAAGGAUGAUUUCGAAGCGGAUUCGUUGAACGAGGAUGUCUUGCCAGCAAUGGCUCGGUGA